CGCCCGUUCGGCGUAUAAAACACAGUAAAAUGAGGUUAUUUAACGCCAAGUUUAAACUGUAAACAGAAGAAAGGUCGACUGGUUACUCCGUCACCUUGACAUAGAUGUAUCCUUUUUCCAUGAACUCUUAUCGUUAGACAUGGAGUCGGAUACGAUCUACGUCGUUUCUCAGGUGCCUAAUUUAGGUAAACUAUUACAAGAAAGAUUACCUCAUACACGUAUCAAGAACAUCACCCUACCAGCGAAAUUCGAUUGGCAUCGAGUGUUAGAUCCAAAAAUAAUUGACCUGGUGAAAGAUGCGGAGAUUCUCUUCUGUGACAAUACUUCGGUGGGGCAGUUGAUGUACUCUUUACCCAAACUAAAAUGGGUCCAAACAGUGUGGGCAGGUGUGGAUUCUAUAUUCAAGCGUUUGGAUCCCGAAAAGCCUUUACCUGUCUUUACUCUAACGAGAUACGGCGACAGUAGAUUUGGUGAUUCCAUGGCCGAAUAUUUUCUAGCCCAGGUCAUUAAUAACGAACGAUCUAUGUACAAAAUGUGGGAUAAUCAAAAGAUAAGUAAAUGGAGAACAGAAGUGUUCCUGAAUUGUCGAACAGUUUCCGAAUUGAUUAUAGGAAUAAUGGGAAUCGGCGUUUUGGGAGGUCAAAUCGCAAAGGCUGUUAAAGAAAGAGGAGCUACCGUUUACGGAUUGGUUAGAAAAAUAAGGAAGAAUUCCGAUACGAAAUAUUGCGAUAAAAUUUUUACGAAUUUGAACGAAUUUCUGAAAGACUGCGAUUACGUCUGUAGCGUGUUGCCAAGCACGCAUCUUACCAGGGGUCUUCUAAACGGAAAUGCAUUAGAAAGCUGUGAAAAGAAGCCGGUGUUUGUUAGCAUGGGCAGAGGAGACGUCAUCGACGAGGAAGAUUUACUCCACGCCAUUGAAAAAAACUGGAUACGUAAGGCCAUUUUAGACGUGUUCAAAGAAGAGCCCUUACCAGCCGACAGCGUUUUGUGGAGCCACCCGAAAAUUAUCGUCACACCUCACAUAGGAGGAUCGACGAAUACUUCAAAGAUAAUAGAAUGCUUUAUGGAAAAUUAUAAAAGAUUUCGUUCGGGGAGAGAAUUACUGAAUCGUGUCGACUGGAACGAAGGAUAUUAAAACUGGCGUGGAUCUUUUUAAUUCGCUAAUUUGAAAUAUACGAGAAGGACACACUUUAACGAGAUAGAAAUAGCUGUUUUUACAGGUUAUUCUGCAAGCCGAUUUAGAAAAAUUGGACAAGGAGCUUACAUCUUUGAAAAGUGUGCCUGUUACGGUACAGAACGUCAACUAUAUCCUCUUUCGGUCGUAGAAUUUGUCUCGACACUCAAUUUGAUAUAACAUUUCGACGUCCAUCUAUAAUUUACCUCAAUUCUAUUGUUUAUAAUAAUAAUAAUGAGAUUAAAAUGCUGUAUAAAAGAGUGUAAUAACGAAUAAAAUCUUGGUAAGUCCUA